AUGGCUUAUUUACUUAUUUAUGUUGAUAUUAUUCUUACAACAUCACAUGAUACACUACGAGCUACUCUCAUACGUCUACUGGCAGCCGAAUUUGAUAUGAAAGAUCUUGGACCAUUGAGUCAUUUUUUGGGGAUUAAUGUAACACGAAAGCACAAUACUAUGUUUUUGUCACAUCAAUCAUAUGCGUUAGAGAUUAUUGAUCGGGCUGGUAUGUCAUCCUGCAAGUCGGUUGCUACUCUAGUGGACAAAAAUCUAAAUUUAGUGCUUCUUCAAGGUACUCCCUCGUUUGGUCUCAGUUUGGGCACCUUCAGUGAUCUCUCUUUACGCGCAUACGCUGAUGCUGAUUGGGCUGGUUGCCCUGAUACUCGACGCUCUACUUCGGGUUAUUGUGUUUAUUUAGGUUCUAAUUUAUUAUCUUGGUCAUCUAAGCGUCAGGCUGUGGUAUCCCGUUCUCGUGUGAAAGCAGAAUACCGUGGUGUUGCUAAUGUGGUCGCCGAAUUGUGUUCGAUUUGGAAUUUAUUAUUGGAAUUACGUCGCCCCCUUCGGAAGGCCAGUGUGGUUUAUUGUGGCAAUAUUAGUGCAGUUUAUUUAUCUGGGAACCCGGUACAUGUAACACCCUUCUAA